CUGGUCAGUGGUUUAGAGGCACCACUGGACCUAGUUGGGUCAAAGAAAAUCCAGUUUAGGAGUGGACUGGUCAGUGGUUUGAAGGCACCGUUGGACCUAGUUGGGUCAAAGGAAAUCCAGUUUAGGAGUGGACUGGUCAGUGGUUUAGAGGCACCACUGGACCUAGUUGGGUCAGUGGAAAUCCAGCUCUACAGUAGACUGGUCAGUGGUUUGAAGGCACCAUUGGACCUAGUUGGGUCAAAGAAAAUCCAGUUUAGGAGUGGACUGGUCAGUGGUUUGAAGGCACCAUUGGACCUAGUUGGGUCAAAGAAAAUCCAGUUUAGGAGUGGACUGGUCAGUGGUUUAGAGGCACCACUGGACCUAGUUGGGUCAAAGAAAAUCCAGUUUAGGAGUGGACUGGUCAGUGGUUUGAAGGCACCAUUGGACCUAGUUGGGUCAAAGAAAAUCCAGUUUAGGAGUGGACUGGUCAGUGGUUUAGAGGCACCACUGGACCUAGUUGGGUCAAAGAAAAUCCAGUUUAGGAGUGGACUGGUCAGUGGUUUGAAGGCACCGUUGGACCUAGUUGGGUCAAAGGAAAUCCAGUUUAGGAGUGGACUGGUCAGUGGUUUAGAGGCACCACUGGACCUAGUUGGGUCAGUGGAAAUCCAGCUCUACAGUAGACUGGUCAGUGGUUUGAAGGCACCAUUGGACCUAGUUGGGUCAAAGAAAAUCCAGUUUAGGAGUGGACUGGUCAGUGGUUUGAAGGCACCAUUGGACCUAGUUGGGUCAAAGGAAAUCCAGUUUAGGAGUGGACUGGUCAGUGGUUUAGAGGCACCACUGGACCUAGUUGGGUCAAAGAAAAUCCAGUUUAGGAGUGGACUGGUCAGUGGUUUGAAGGCACCAUUGGACCUAGUUGGGUCAAAGAAA